AUGGCAGAUGUUCGAUCGUUACUGAGGAGUGAACUUGCUUCUCGCAAAGGCUCGUCAUCCCAGACAGGGAGAGCACCAAAUCGCGUUACCAAGAAACGAAAGGUGGACUCUGGAGAAGAUCUGGCCCGCAAAAAGCUGAGGCACGCACACGGCGACCAGCUGCUAGCGAGUGCCCAAAUAGUGCAGCCACCCAGUGCGCAAGCGUUAGAAGAAUCCGAGGAACUUGUCGAACAGUCAGAACAGGAGAUUACUGGUCCAGAGUUUCCGCCAGAGUCGGAGCUUGUGGAGAACAUGACACCGAUGAGUGUUCAGCCAUCAGAUACAGCAGCUGUGACUCCAGAUCAACCCACAGAAGCAGCCAAACAGACGGUCGACGAAGACGAGUGGGCGGCCUUUGAACGGGAGGUAGUCGCACCAACCCGAUUGCCACAGGGCCCUGCCGCACUUGCAGCAAAGGCCACUAUAUUGGCGGCGCCAAUUUCGGCAGAACAGCUUGCUGCGCAGCAAGAAAAGGACAACGAAGUGUUAGCUCAAACUCGCGAAGCAGAAGCGGAGGGGGAACGCGAAGACGCAGCCCGAUUUAUGGAGGAUGAAUUGGACGAGAUGGACCAGCUGGAGGAGCGAGUUAGGCGGCUGAAAGACAUGCGGGAAGAGCUUAGAAAAAAGAAAACCAUGGGAGGGGCAGAUGACCAUCGGCUGGAUGUGCCUGUUUUCGCCAGUGAACUACAGGAAGAUCCAACCAAGAAUGAUAACAGCGAUGAUGACGAUGAUGAUGGCGAAGAGGACGAUGACUGGGAAAAUUGGCGGAUUAAGUAA